AUGUCCUUCUACUCAAGAUGUUUCCCUUCAAGCCCCUCACGUCUCUUCAAGAUUCAAACGAGUAUAGCCGCCCACUUCUUUGCUCUAAUAACAAUUGUCUUUUUGGUAUUGUCAGGAGUAUCAGGACCCAAAUCCAUUCAGACUGCCAGCGGGGUGAAUGUAAAUGGGACUGUAGGAGGAGAUGGUGAGAUUUGGAAUCUAGGUGGGCUUGGGACAUGCAAACUUGGUGAGAAAUGUCAGACAGGCCAAUCUCCCCCUGGUUAUUAUACUCCGAUACAACAAGUGUUGCGAUUACAUUUAGCUAUAACAGCAAUAUUCUCCGUGAAUUGGAUUUUAUCCUACGUUCUAUUCUCGUUUCCCCAAUCUGUAUUUUCAAAGAGGUACUCAACGUUAAUACCCCUCUUCGCACCGUUCUUCACUUGUAUCAUCUUCAUGGCCGAUCUGUGUGUAGCUCAUGCCCUAGAGAUUAAGGAGGGUGUGAAAGAGGUCGAAAAGAUAGAUGUGUUUUGGCUCGGCACAGUUGCCUUUGUCUUUUCCAUCUUAUGGUGUAUUUUUGCAGAACUAGAUGGGAUGUACAAGCGACAUGACUUUGCGGAAUUGGACAGACCCGUUUUGGAACCUGAACCUGAGAGGGGUCUUGCUGAGAAAGCCAUUCAUGGUGUUUACAGUCUAUGGCCAUGGCGUAGGGAAGAGAAAACGAGAGAAAGUGGUAGGAAGAGGGAAGAUAAGCGUAAUCAUAAACCUCGGAGUGGAAGUAAGGGAAGUAAUAGUAAGUCACACCAAAGGAGUCAAAGUAUGAAUAAGAGGAGUGAGACAGCGUAA